AUGGCCAUGCUGACCCGCCUGCAUGAGCGAUUGAUCGUCAAACGGACAGAAGAGGAUGGCAUCACUCGCCCCGUCGACAUGCUGGACAAUUCCUCCAUCCGACCCACUCCAGUCAAGGACCGAACAUGGUCCCAGCUCACGUAUAUCAUGUUCUGGUUCUCGGCUACAGCCAAUGUCAGCAAUCUCUACACGGCAUCCACGGGCCUGUCCAUGGGCCUGACCAUGUGGGAAGCCAUCGGGUGUUCCUUUGGCGGACAGAUCCUCGCCGGGGCCCUCAUGGCCCUGAACGGUCGUGCUGGGGCCAUGUAUCGCAUUCCGUUCCCUGUGCUCUGUCGCUCCAGUUUCGGUACUUGGGGUGCGCUGUGGCCGACCUUUAAUCGUGCGGCCAUGUCCAUUGUGUGGAACGGGGUCAAUUCGGUGCAAGGCGCACAGUGUUUAUAUGUCUUCCUGCAUGCUAUUUUCCCUUCCAUUGAGAACAUCCCCGAUAAAAUGGGCUCCAAGUCAGCUUUGACUUCUGCGCAGAUGAUGUGCUUCUUCGUCUACUGGCUGGUCAAUUGCGCAUUCCUUGUUGUGCCCGUGCCAAAGAUGAAGUCUCUCGUCUAUAUCAAGGUCGUCGUGUACUUCUGUGCAGCCUUUGCUAUGCUUGGAUGGACAGUUUCUCUAGCUGGUGGCUCAUUAAAGUCCCUGAAUGCGCCCUCCAAAAUUCAUGGCACCGAAAAGAGUUAUAUGAUCUUCAGAUUCCUAUUUCUCGGACUUGCCAGCUGUGGAACGUUCAUCUCCAACGCGUCUGAUCUGCAGCGAUAUGCUACAAAGCCUAAUGAUGUCCUCAUUGGCCAGAUAAUCAGCUUCCCAUUAUCAAACUUCCUGAUUGCUAUUAUAGGAAACCUGAUUGCAUCAGCUAGCAAGGAUAUUUUCGGAGAGCUCAUCUGGAGCCCUUUGACCUUCUUGGACAAAUUGAUGGAAGGAGAGCGCUACACCCACGGCAACCGUGCUGCCUGUGCCUUCAUUUCCCUCGCAUUCGUCUACUCUACAGUCUUCUCCGCCAUCUUCGAGAACUCCAUUCCCGCUGGAAACGACAUCGCAGCCCUCCUACCAAAAUACAUCACCAUCAAGCGAGGCUUCUUCAUCUGCGCCAUUCUCUCCUACGCAAUCUGCCCCUGGUACCUCCUAGCCAGCGCCUCAAUCUUCAUCACGUUCCUCUCCUCCUAUCAAAUCUUCCUAUCCGCAAUAGCAGGCAUCCUCAUCUGCGAUUACUACCUCAUCCGUCGCGGCUACCUGAACAUCCCAGCCCUCUACAUCUCCAAACCAACACCAUACAGAUACAUCCACGGCUUCAACCCGCGCGCCUUCCUCGCCUACGUCGUGGCAAUAGCGCCCAACUUCUACGGAUUCCUCCACCAAAUGGGUGUCAAGGCUCCGAUGGGCAUCCAGCGCUUCUAUUACAUCGCCUACCCCACGGGCUUGAUCGUCGCUUUUGUGGUGUACUAUGUGAGUUGUUUGGUUUCGAAGCCGGUUGGGAUGGAGACGGGCGCUGGCUGGAUGGAGCCGAAGGAUUAUGUCGAGGAUGAGGAUCGGUCGGUUAGACCGGAGAGAUAUGCGACUAUUACGGUUGAUUCUGUUGCUGUUGCUGAGAAGGGGGGUGUGGAGGUGACCAAGGCUGAUGUUGGUGAGAAGGGGUAUUAG